GUUAAAUAGAUCCAACGUCUCCCAAAAGAGAAGAAAAUCGAGAUCGUACCUGUUGGGCUUCUUCGAAUUUUACACCAAUUCUCCGUUUCGUCUUAGUAUCACUAUGAUUGACGACCAGGACCUGGGCUUCUUCGCCAACUUUCUUGGUAUCUUUAUCUUUGUGCUGGUGGUUGCUUACCAUUAUGUGAUGGCAGACCCAAAAUAUGAAGGCAAUUGAAAGCUGUUUCUUUAGAGUUAGCUUCGGCAACCAUACUUAUGUUCUUUACCUUGGCAUCUCUAUAUGUUAGAUGAAUGAACUUUGAUGUGGCAGAAACAUUUUCUACUGAACAUGGAGUUGUAUCUUGACUGCUUCUUGUCGAAAACUAUUUAUCAGUGUAUGGAUUCACAGGAUUAUCAAAUGGAGUAAAGGAUCUAAAUCUUUUCCUUUUCUA